CACGCUGCCACGCUGCCACGCUUAUGAAAAGAGCAGCUCCACAAACGAAGUAAGGAAAGCUGAAUCAAAAGGCUCACAAACUGACACACCCUUAUCCAGUGUCAACUCAUCCCGAAAGCAAAGAUAGCCAACCAUGAAGACAACCAAUGGAAAGUCGAAGACAGGUCCAACCAAGGCUAAAGAAACCUCCACCAAGAAGAAGAUUGACAGCGCGAACAAGAAGAAGGCCAACAGUGGAGGCGGCAAGAAGAGUAAGGACGGCAUGACUGCGGAGCAGAAGAUCCUGGAUGUGAUUGCGAAACUCUACGCUGGUGGAAACAAAACACCCAAGCGAGAACAGGUGGCGAAGUUGUGUGCCAUUGCAGCCAAGACCCUGGCGAAUACGGUGGCAAAACUGAAGAAGAAGGAUCUUGUGGAAUGCCCUGACGCGCAGACGCUUGGUUUGACCGAAAGUGGCCUCGAACACGUGGGCGAUUUGGCGAGUGCGGGCAGCAGCAAUGAGGAAGUGCAUGAACGCAUCAAGAACGACCUCAAGGGGAAGCAGGUGACAUUGUUUGAUCUCUUGGCGGACGGGGAGGUUCACGAAAAGGAUGACAUCGCGGAGAAGUUGGGCUACGAAAACAGGUCCGUGAAAGCGUUUGCCAACCUGAUUGGAGCUGUCAAGGGUAAAGGCAUCGUAAUUUAUCCAACCCCUGCUACGAUCCAGCUAGACAAGGAGAGAUGCUUCCCCUUUGCUUGAAAGUCUGCCGUGGAGCCGCAUCAGCAAUUCUGGUUUUCCUUUUCCAUGGCGAGCCUCAAGUACGAAAGUGCUGCUGUCUAGCUAGCUGUGUCAUUUUCAUGGUGCUGGCUGCCUUUGUUAUGUUUCCUUGGCCGUAACUCUAACUAGGAAUAUCUAUUUACCAUC